GUUCUUUCCAACGAUAACAAGAAAAAAUGCAGAACUUCUCUUGAUGCAGGAGAGGAAUGGUGCUUUCCUCGUAAGAAGAAGUGAAUCGUCAGAAGGCCUAUAUUCAUUAUCAGUAAAGUACAAUGAAAGCGUACAGCACUUCCGAAUCCUGCAGGACACGGCAGGUAAAUUCCAUCUUUGGAUCGUCAAGUUCCCCUCUCUAGAUGCCUUGGUAGACUACUACAGAACAACAUCCGUCACAAGAGAAAACCAAACACCAGGUGUGAAGACCGGAAACGUGAUCACCCUGGUCGACAUGCAGCGUAUGGAACAGACCAUGCAGAAGUUCCCGCACCUGAAGAUGCUGAGAUCGGACGGAGGCGGAGGGGAAGCCAUGGACAACGGCUUCGCCCAGAAAGCACCCGGCCCCGGCUACAUCGGCAGCAACGGCCAGAGCGGAAGGCACUUCAGCAACGGAGGCGUGAAUGCAUCUCAGCAGCCUGUACACAAUAGCUGGGAUGUUAACACAAGGCAUUCCCAGAAUAACAUGAUGCAAUCUGCUCCUAAUGGUUGGGACUCUAGGAGAAAGCAACCCACAGGAGGUGUAACGGAUCAAAGACAGCAGAGGCUACAAGCUCUUUAUGACUUUGACCCCGAGGAAGAAGGCGAACUGUGUUUCCGCAAGGGGGACAUCAUCACCCUCAUCGACAAACCCACCAAGGACUGGUGGCGUGGCAUGGUGGAUGGCCGCACUGGCAUGCUCCCGGCUCCCUAUGUCAAAGUCUUAUAAUAAUGAAAACCAACUUUUGCUCUGUUAUCCUUCGAUGAUCGAACGUUCAAAGACAAAAGACAAGUGAUGAUGAUGAUCAUGGAUGAAUGAAUUCAAAAUCUGACUUCUAUGCGGCGCACUGAACAUGGAAUGGCAUGCUUGUAUUGCAUCGACAUGAGAGAACAGUGAAUGUGACACUGGAUAUCCUAGAGCCCUGUUCCUGCCAUGCCGUGUUAUGAAGUCAGCGACCCCCUGUGGCUUGCGCUAUCAAAGCUUGAUGAAAUGUGUUUACAUAUUUUGUUGAAUGGCAAUGGUGUACAUGUUCUUGCACAUAGCUACAUGUACGUUUAAUUUCAUAUGCCAACAUGGACUGUUAAAAAAAAUGCUACACAAUGUAUUUAAUAUGUUCACUUUUUUACAUGUAUUAUUGCAUAAAGCUUCGGUAUAUAUUGAAUGUUUUGUUUCCAUCCAUUUAUAAAAUCAAGAACUUUUAAUCUGAAGAAUCAUGUACGCUUGAUUGAAAGCUAGUGGAUAGUGGUGCAGUGCUAUGGGAAAUCUGAUUCAACCAUACUUGUGCCGAUACCAGUUUUCUUCAGAGCUUUUUAUCCAUUGUUUAUACAUAGAUUAUCCUAUAUCAUUCUAUACUGAAUAUUAAUGUCAAUGUUCGAUGAGAGCUGUUUUUAAAUAUGUAUUGAUCAUAUGCCAAAACUUGUCCAUAAAAUGUAUAUUUUAGACAAAAAUCACAUUUCAGGCAUUUCAAGCACAAAUGGUGAAUGGGAUAGCCUAGAAGUCUUGAUAUAUUAAAGAGUGAAUGAAAUCAAAGUAGUAUAUAUAUCACCAAUCAGGAACUUGAAAUCUACAGGCAAAUCAUAUCUCGUCUUUUUCAUUUCUGCCAAAAUACAAACAUAGUCGAUGAAUUAUAGAUAUGUUUCCACCCAUUUUACAAAGACAUUGAAUUCCUUCAAAGUAGGAAAAACAGUUUUGAAAAACGAACAGCCAGAUUGCCAAUUUCCAGGUGGCGCGGAGUAGAGAUUACAUGUUUUUCCUCACAUUUAGGAAGGUUUGAUGUCAAAAUAGAAAGGAUAUUACCUUAAUAACAGGAAAUUGGGGGGAGGGGAAGGGAGUAUAAAUCGUGCCAAAUGCAUUUAAAGACGGAUUGAUGCGGAGAGGUCUUGUAGCACAACAGGGAAGUUGGCCAAGUUUGCGACAGUUCCAAAGGUGGUUGUUACGUUCCCCAUUUACUUAAAACAUUGUGGAUGUUUCCACCCUACUUCUAAAGCUAGCUUGCAUGUUCAAUGGCUUUGUGAAUGUCAGAGUAACCGCCGCUUGUUGACGAUACUUUUCCUUUGCAUAGAGCACCAAGAUUGCGUUUGACUCGAGGAGGACCUGUAUGCUUUCUAUUUUGUUGUACAGGAAGGUGCUAUGUUCUUGGGCUCGCUGCCAAACUCUGAUUUGGCAAAAGGAAGUCUGAAGGUCGGUCGAGUCUUUGAACGGAGAGGAGCAAGGGAGGGGUAGCGAGUCAACAAAAAACAUCCUUGCUGAUCUGAAUAGUGAAUGUGCUUUGGGUUUGGUGUGCAUGUAUGAAGCCAAAUCUCAUGUCAUCUCAUGACAUGCCAUCCAUUCCCGUCAAAAUUUGUUAUCAAAUGUAAAAACACCCUCAGUCCAGUAUGCACACAAAACUUGAACUUCUCGACAACAACAAAGAAAUAUUAAGGGGAAUAGUAAUAUUUUGUUUGAGGGGGUGGGGGCGGAGGGGGAAAGAUUUGGCGAUUGUUGGAAAGCGGCCAAAGGGAUAUUGCUUUUAAUGAGAGGGGGAGCAUCGAUGGAUGUAUUCCAUUGAUUUUAUUCUUAAAGGGAAAACUGAUUAUUGAACUACAUAUUCUAUCAGAAAAUAUCUCAAAAUCAAGGUCACUUGUCACCAUAUAUUGGUCAUAUAUAUUAAUGUGCACCAUCACAGAAGUUCUAUUCUGCGUGAAUGGACAUGAGUGGAUAUCAUGUUAUACUUUCCUUUUCACAUGCGUUGAUUAUAAUCAUACAGAUUCAUUUAUGUUCAUUGUUAUGAGAUCAAGGUGCAAAGGGUCAUUAUUUACUACACGUAUUGCUAUUAUUUUGUUAUAUAGAGUCUGUAUAUAUCUUAAAAUGUAAAUAGACAUACUUAUCGAUUGUCCGAGCAGCUUACUUGUCGUAUAUCGAACAAAAAAAAUGUAUUUGAGCUGAACAUGAUUUUAACGUACGGAAGCUCUUCCGUAAAGAGCAAGAAAAAGGAAUGAAAGUGAGGGGGGGGGGGGUAAGAAGGUUCAUGCUAUUACAUUUACAACCAUAGAGCUAUACUAUCAUUGGGCUAGCAACCAUCUAACUUGUUUCAUAUCACUCAUAACCGAAUCAGUCUUAAUAGCCAACAUUUAACGUUAUAUUUGAUACCAAAUGUGCUAUGCAGACGUUCACUUCAUUACAUGUAGUUUUACAGUUCCGACAAAGGAUUUGAUUAUAGAUGUAUAUCAUUAUCAAUUGAUUAUUCAGGGUAGUUUUUAAGGCCUGUAUUCUGAACUUGGGUUGAAUUUAAGCCAUGGUUUAAAGAUGUGGUUUAACUAUGGAUAGCCAAUUGUGACACAAAACUAACUAUGGAUAGCCAACUUUGACAUAAAAUUUUAACACAAGUUAAAUUUACCAGCUCAUUUGACACACACAUUAUUCACAACUGUCAGGAAAUAAUUUUCCCGAACUACAUUUUGUUUCUUCACCAUUAAUUAAUGGGGAAAACAGCAAAGUAAACAUAAACAAAAAAUGUAAACAUUUAACUUUGCUGGCUUCCCAUAAUUUUAGCAGUGUUAGAGCAUGAUCUACAGUGUAUGUUAUAAACCACACUUCUUAAUACGGGCCUAAAUGCUCAAAUCCUAUCAUCGACACGUAUUACCCUUUUUUUUCUUGCCAUUUCCCAGGUUGAACUUGGUUCUUUAUUUUCUUUCUUUGAUUUUCGUUUGUGUUUUUCAUGUCCAUUCUUGCCAAACUAUUUUUGUUUUCAUGUAAAGAUUGUUCUGUUCUCUGUUAAUACAGUGUAUCUAGCCUUACCUACAUGUACAGCCAAAUCUAUAUCACAGUAUUGCCAUGGAUCAGUAUAAAAGCAAUAUGAUCAUGUAACAUGCACAAAAGCGGCUGUUUAUGUUUCAUUAAACUAGAUAAAUGGGAAACACCUCAACUUUAAGAAAUAACACCAUCUCCACUGAAUGGGACUGCAGUGCACAGUGCAUGAUUUUAAAUUACGGUGUUUUUGUGUUAAUUCCAAUCAAAUUUGGGCGACCCUGCUAUCCAAAUAUUACCAAUAUUUUAUGCAUCAAAUGUCAACUUAGCAAUAUCUCAAUCAAUCAUAUGUCUUGCAUAAACAUUGAUUUCAAGAUUUUCUUGCAACAACACCCACGAAAAGUGACACCUUUGUUGUUUGGUGUUUUUUUAUACCUGAUUGCUAAGAAAGCAUGAAUGCUUGUAAGCAAGCAACCAGAGAACCGACGGCUUAAGGUCAUCUCCAAGGGACUUCGUAAUCAGGAUAAAUGCCUUUCCAAAGGGCACUAGCGCAACAAGUGGGAAUCAAACCCGGGUCACCGGAAUCCGAAACCCCCACUCUACCGACUGAGCUAUCACGUCAUUACAUAAAAAGUCACAUAUGUGUAUACCUACCAUUAGAUGUGGAUCAUAUAUAUAUUCCAGAGCUUUCACAAAAUAUCCAUCAUGGUUUCUUUUAAUUUGCCAAAUUGGUGUACUAGUUUUGUUUAGUUGGUAGUACUGCCCGCAACAUCUCUUUUUCUUUCAAUGGAAUGUUCUAGAAGGUAUAUAUAUGCUAUGAAUAUUUUAUUGCAUUUCUUGAGGUCAUUUUAAUAAUAAGUGCCACCAAAAUGCAUGCAGUAUGCUGUAUUACUUGUUCAUCAUUGGAUUUUUAUAAUGGGGGGGGGGGGGGUUUACGAAGAGUAACAGUUGUAACUUUUUUGUACAUGGCUUACCAUAGACUUAAUACACAGUUGAUUGUGUCUUAUGUUGCAGGGCCAUCAAGCGUUUGGAUUACAUGCAGAAGUUUUUCUUCUUGGUACAUGCUGUAUAGAAAUAUUGGCAUUAAAUAAUAACCCCCCUACAGUAUAAUGUAUAUGCACGUACCAUGUUACCCGCUAUCUGGGGUUUGAAGUUGAGCAUGAUUUUGAAGACUCGGUUCGAAUGGUAACAACACGUACAGUAAUCAUUUUUCACAUAAUGACGGUCUCUAAAUAUCACAGCAUGUUUCAUUUAUACAGCGUGUCUCUAAAAAAAGUAAACCCAACUUCAACGGCAAAUUUUCAGAAAACUAAAAAAUAUUUACACAUUAUUUUUUCAUGGUUAGAUAGUCCAAUAAGUCCUCUGUCCAAUUAUAUCACUUAGGUUAUCUAACUCUUAUGCAUGACUGAGCAUGAUUCAACUUAGUGAACUGGUGUCAAAUCAUCACUGUGGCAAGUUAUUUCUUUUUAUUGUCAUGCAUUCAAGGCCUAUUUGAAGUUAAAUGUUUGUCACCUGUUAGGCCUAUGAUUAAAUCGUCACUGUGGCAAGUUACAUGUAUUUGUUUAUAUUGUCAUGCAUUCAAGGCCUAUUUGAAGUUAAAUUUUGGUCACAUGUUAGGCCUAUGAUUACAUAACAACUUCAGCAAAGGUUGUUCCUAACACAGGCACACUUCACAUGCUUUCCAAACAUGGUACAGUUGACAAUUGAGCAGAGUAUUCCUGGUAACUCGAUACCAGGAAACAAGAAGUUUCGUGGAAGUUCAAGAGGCUUUUCGGGUGCAGUUCCCAGAGAGGCAGCCUCCAACAAAAGGGCCAUCUGGUACAAUGUGAGAAAGUAUGUUGAUCACGGAACCAGUUUAACUUCAAAUAGGCCUUGAAUGCAUGACAAUAAAAAGAAAUAACUUGCCACAGUGAUGAUUUGACACCAGUUCACUAAGUUGAAUCAUGCUCAGUCAUGCAUGAGAGUUAGAUAACCUAAGUGAUGUAAUUGGACAGAGGACUUAUUGGACUAUCUAACCAUGAAAAGAUAAUGUGUAAAUAUUUUUUAGUUUUCUGAAAAUUUGCAGUUGAAGUUGGGUUUACUUUUUUUAGAGACACACUGUAUAUGAUAGAGAAUCACAGUUAGCUUGCCAUAGUCUAUUCUGUGGCUUCUAUCAUUUAUAUUAGAUUGGAAUUGUGAUCAAGAAUUGGGGCCUUUUGUCCAGGACCCCCAGAAGCCAUAGACUUCUCAACCAUUUGAAGAUCUUGUUUCAAUUUUGAUAAUUUUUUCAGUAAAAAUCAUUCCUACAUAAUUUUUCCUUGCGAGCUCUUUUGUGCAUACACUGCAGAAUUUUUGCAGAUGUGUUUUCUUUUUUUCUCGAUCAAAAUUACCGUACAAGACGAGGUGCAUGUCUGAAUGAAUUACUCAGUGAUAGGGUAUAAAUAGGGUACAUACUUUUUCUCGUCGUACGAUUUCAAUUGUAAAGAGAUUAUACGUUCCAAGUCGUGGUUAUAUUUGAAUAUUGUGACAAUCAUGUACCUAAUGUAUAAAUUUGUAUUACAUGUGCUACUCAUGUUUUAUUUAAAAAGAAAAUAAAAUGAUAUAUAAACAAUGCUCAAGACAA